CUUCUCUUUUCCUUAACCCACUGAAGGUCAUUGUGCAGCACCCAAGUUACUUCUGCAGCAUUCAUUCGAACCACUUCACAUAUUGUAUUCUCCUUUUCCAAACCCUUCUCAGAGAGUCUUUAGAAUCGAUCAAUUCAAUCAAUCAUCGCGAUCUUCUACCUCACACUUCUCAAGAACCCUAAUCCCAAUUUAACCAGCUGCAGUUAACGAUGCAGCAAGGAGAUUUCACCUCUGUUCCUCCCUAUUAUCAAUUUUCUCAUCCCCAAAACCCCAUCCCCAACCCCAAUCCCAACCCUUCCGAUCCCAACCCCAACAACCUCUACGCUUCUGCACCUCCUUUCACCCCCAAUUACGCACCUUCCGAUUACACCAACUAUCAUCCUCCUUACCCUCAAAAUCCUGAUCCUAUUCCACCCACUGCUCCUCCUUCUUUUGCUCCCUCUUCCUCCAACCCUAAUUUCAACUCGCCCUUCGAAUCAAACCCUUCCUACCAACAACCACAACAACAACCCUAUUUCCCACCAUACGAUCAGCAUCAAACGCAUCCCAAUUACGCCCCUCCCAACCCCAAUCCCAAUCCCGCUCCCUCCUUAUACAACUCUGCUCCCUACAGCUACACCGGAGGGUCCUCCGUUCCGCCUAUUCCGACCUAUGAACCACCUGCCUAUGAGCCUCCCGUGAGGCCUGAUCAUGGUGGCGGAUAUUUAGACGACAGGUACGGAGGCAGCUUCAAUCGGAGCCGUUCUGAGUUGGGAUCGGAUUAUUAUGGAAAGAGCGGUGGUAAUUCGAGGUACGAAAGUGGCGGCGGCGGCAGUGAUGAUGGCUACGGAGAUGGGGUGUAUGCUUAUCAGGGAGGGAAAGUGGAACCCUAUGGGGCGCGUGGCACGGCGCCGAAAUCAUCGACUUGGGCGUCGUUUGAUGAUUACGGGAGGUCUAUCAGUUUCCCCUCGCAUAAGGAAUCUUCUGGCGGGGGUAAGAUUGUGAAAGCGGUGCCCAAGGUUGAUACCCAUGAAGACGUUAAAGGCGGUGGCGUGCAAAAGUUUCGGGUCAAGCUAUUGGCGGAAAGUGGGGGUCAGAGCACCAUGGAUGUUCUCUGUCAGAUUGGUUUGGAUGGAAUUCGUAUGCUGGAUCCAAAUACCAGCCGGACAUUGAGGAUUUAUCCUCUUGAGAAUAUAACAAGAUGUGAUAGAGUCGAUUCGUCCACCUUUGCAUUUUGGUCAAAAAGCCCUGUGGAUAUUGAGCCAAGACGAAUCAGAUUGCAAUCUAACAGUUAUACCACCAACACACUCUUGGAUACAGUGACUGCUGCAACAAUACAGUUCAAAGAAAUGGGUGGAAGCAGAAGGCCUUCUGAGCCUGUGAAAGCAAAUGAACAGACUCAAGAAAGAAAGAAAGGUUUUGGCGAUUGGAUGAAUCUGAUUAAACCUGCCAAUGAAGAAAAGGAUCAUUGGGUUCCAGAUGAGGCUGUAACAAAAUGUACAGCAUGUGGCACUGAUUUUGGGGCUUUUAUUCGCAAGCACCACUGUAGGAACUGUGGUGAUAUUUUCUGUGACAAAUGUACACAUGGUAGAAUUGCUCUAACUACUGAAGAGAAUGCACAGCCUGUGCGAGUUUGUGAUCGGUGCAUGGGAGAAGUUUCUCUGCGGCUAAGUAGUGCCAGGGAGUCAUCAAGUAAACCUACGUUGCAGAGUCAUGAGGAUCUUGCCAGGAAACUUCAGGAGGAGCUGGAGAGAAAUCGAAAGACAUCAGGUUCCAAGUCUGAUGGAUCUGCAAGGCGGAUGAAGGAAGUUGCAUGUCCUAUUUGCACUGUCCACCUGCAGGUUCAGGUGCCCAGCUCGGGUUCAGAGACCAUUGAGUGUGGAGUGUGCCAGCAUCCAUUUCUUGUGAGUGCUCAUUGAGUUCAGAUAAACAUUAGUGCGGAUGAAGUUGUCUAUAUGCUUGUCAAGUUUAAAAUUCAAUUAUUUCACGGACCUGUCUAUUUCACGAUUAUAAUUACUGCGGUUGCCUUUUUACUACUUAUCAUUGGGUUUGUUGCAUUACCUAAUUUUACGUGCAUCCUUUUUUUUUCCUUCUUUUUGUGCUUCAACUUGGUGUGCUUUUUUAGAGUACUUCUCUCCAAUUUAUUUGACCCCUUGUAUAAAAUAGAUGCUGAACGUAUAUAUAAAUGUAUAGGUACGUAUGGUGAAUUCGUUCUGGUUUA